CAUACUAUGCUACUGAUGCGUCAUGUUUGGCCGCCCGCCGUGCAUGAACUUGUCCUGGGUCAACUACGAGUUCCCGCAGGAACCCGAGGAGCGGGUCGACACUGACGGACAUCGCGAGUGGAGUUCCCACCCAUGGUGCUGGCAGUACUCGAAGCUCCUGCACACCGUGCGCGCGACGGCUUUCGCGGCCGCCGUGCCGCAGUACGCCAAGAUCCUUGAGCUCGACCGCGCGGUGCGCGACUUCCCGGUGCUGCACAGCCUGCGCAGCAAGUGUGGCCUCCCUGAGGCGGCCGAGGCGGGCAAGGCAACGCACGUGCGGCGCUACAGCUGUAUGGCUGCGAAGGAGAUCACACUACUGAACCUGCACCGCCCGUACUUUGCGCAGGCGCUCCACGACGACGGCGCGCAGGACGUCCUGCGCCACCGCUACGCGCCGUCCGUGCUCGCUAUCUACCGCUCGGCGUGGCGCAUCGUCGAGGCGCUGCGCGUCACGCAGGAGCGCGUCCCGUUCGUCACCGAGCGCUGGGGCAUGCCGUGGUCGCUGUCGAUGUCUGCCGCGAUGCGUGUUUUCCUUCUUGGAGAGACACAUACAUAGGGGUU